AUGGAGACCAGAAAGGGACUGCCAGAAAGGGGCCCAGCAACAGGUCGCUCCCUGGUGCACUACCUGCAGGACCGCCAGGUGGGUGCACAGGGACAGCUGGCACAAAGGGGUUUUGAAAGCCAGCUGAACAGCCUCGCAGCGCGGAGUCUGCCCCACGUGUUGAGGGAGCACCAGCUGGACCUGGGUACCCUGGACAAAGUGUUAGCCUCACAAUGGCUGAAUAGCAGGGAGGUUGUGUGUGGCACCAUGUGCAACAAGCUCUUCAGGCUGGAUGUGUACUUGGGCCAGAUCACACACUGCCCCCUGAUGGUGGACAGAGAGCCAGCAGCCUUUGGCUUGCCUGGCUGUGGCAUCCAAGCCAUUGAGCUGAAUCCCUCCAAGACACUUCUGGCCACAAGGGGCAAGAACCCCAGUAGCCUGGCCGUGUACCAGCUGCCGACCAUGGACCCUGUGUGCCUGGGUGACAUCCAAGGCCACAAGGAUGGGAUCUAUGCCAUUGCCUGGGUGAGUGACAAUGUGGUGGUGAGCGGCUCCCAUGAUGGCACCCUGGCCUUGUGGCAGUUGGACACUGAAUUUUUCUACGAUACCAUUGAUUCGCACAGUAGCAGUGGUAUUCCUAUGUAUGGCCACAUGCAUCCAGCAGAUGUGGUAGAUGUCUCCUCAGACAACCUUCUUCUUAGUUACCACCCUGUGAGUGCCCUGGCCUUCAGCAGCAAGAACCAGGAGCUGGGAUCAGUUUCCUUGGAUGGCUACUUCCGCCUGUGGAAACCUCAGACCAACCUGUCCAGUCUGUUCUCCUUCAGACUGCCGUUCUUUGGAGCAAAUGCAUGCAUGACCUACUGUGAUGAGUACUCCCUGUAUGUUGUGGCUUCUAGUAGCUAUCUUUAUUUUCUGGAUCCACGCCAGCCCCUGCACAACUUAAAGCCCCUGCACUACUUAAAGCCCCUGCACUGUAGGGAUCUCGCCACCAGUGUGUGCUCAUUGAGCUACAACCAGGACAUUAUUACGUUGGGAACAGUGCAUGGCUCCCUGCUCUUUAAUGACGUCCGUGUCCAGAAGUUCCUAGUGGAGAGAUGUGAGGUCGGCCAGGACUCUUCUGCAGUGUUUGGGACGAAAAUACUCAAGCUCACCUGUUGCAGGGGCUGGAUCAACCAGGAUACCCACCGGGCAUACCGAAAUAUAGGUUUGAACCAAGUGCCAAUUUCCCUGUACACCCACUGCUACAACUGGCCAGAUAUGAAGCUCUUUGUGGCUGGGGGGCCUAACUCUUUUAAUCUCCAUGGAAACUAUGCUGGCCUGUGGAGCUGA